AUGGUUGUAGAGAGGAAGACUAAACUGCAGAUGAUGGAUGGUCCAGAUGGGGACGAGACACCUGUACUGAAAGAUGAUUUGGACCAGUUCAGGAUGGCUCAGAAGAUGAAAUACCAAUCUGUAACAGAAGGAUGUGAUGAGUCUGGAGUGCCCCUCAAGAUGAUCUACACUGAGCUCUACAUCACUGAAGGUCACAGCGAGGACAUUAAUACCCGACAUGAGGUCAGACAGCUCAAGUCAACUGCCAAGAAGAAGACGGUCCAUGAAACGCCAAUCAGAUGCCAUGACAUCUUCAAAGCCUCACCUGACCACUGCAGACACAUCAGAGUCGUUCUGACCAGUGGUGUUGCUGGUGUCGGAAAAACAUUCUCGGUGCAGAAGUUCACUUUGGAUUGGACAGAAGGCUUGGAAAACCAAGACCUUGGUCUGGUGAUUCUGCUGUCCUUCAGGGAGCUGAUCAGAGAGCAGCAGUACAGUCUUCUGGAGUUAAUUCAUGUUUUCCAUCCGACCUUGCAGAAGAUGACAGCGGAGCAGCUCAGGCUCUGUAGCGUUCUCUUUGUCUUUGACGGGCUGGAUGAAAGCAGACUGUCACUGGAUUUCCAGAACAGUGCUGCUCUGAAUGAUGUCAACCAGAAGUCAUCUAUCGGCGUGGUACUCACCAACCUCAUCAAAGGAAAGCUGCUUCCAUCAGCUCUCAUCUGGAUAGCUUCCCGCCCUGCAGCAGCCAAUCAGAUCCCUCCUGCCUAUGUUGACAGGGUGACACAAGUCCAAGGCUUCACUGACCAACGUAAAGAAGAGUACUUCAAGAAGAGGUUCAGUCAUGAUGAAGAUCUGUGCAGCAGAAUCAUCUCACAUAUAAAGUCCUCCAGAAGCCUCCACAUCAUGUGCCAGGUCCCGGUCUUCUGCUGGCUCGUUGCUGCCGUUCUGGAGAAUAUGUUAACAGUGGAGCAGAGAGGAGAGCUGCCGAAAACCCUGACGGACAUGUACUCGCACUUUUUGAUGGUUCAGAUCCUGAAGAAGAACCAGAAGUAUGAUGAAAGACAUGAGAGAUUUCACCGGCUGAAGGAUUGUGACAGGGAAGUUCUUCUGAAGCUAGGACAGCUGGCGUUUGAACUGGAGAAAGGAAACAUCAAGUUUUACCAAGAAGACCUGGAGCAGUGUGGUCUUGAUGUCAGGGAGUCCUUGAUCUACUCUGGAGUUUGUACAGAGAUCUUCAAAACAGAAUGUGUGAUAUUCAAGAAAACCAUCUACUGCUUCAUCCAUCUGAGCAUCCAGGAGUUUCUGGCAGCAGUCUACAUGUUCCACUGUUACACCAACAGGAAAACAGAGGUACUGGAGCCAUUCCUGAAAAAAAGCAUGAAAAGCCCAGAAGAGAUUUGCCGAGGAAAUGAUGAUGACCUCAGCUAUGAUUAUGACUAUAUUUACAGACAUUUAGACGUCUUCCUGAGCAAAGCCAUGAUCAUAUCUGUCAAGAGUAAAAACGGCCACCUGGAUUUAUUUGUUCGUUUUCUCUGUGGCCUCUGCCUGCAGUACAACCAGAACCUUUUAGGAGGUCUCUUGGGUGAGACAUGGAUCGAUCCAGGAGCCAUUAAACAGGCCAUCACUGCACUGAAGAACACAAACAUACAGGGGAUCCCUGACAGAGGCAUCAACGUCUGCCACUGUGUCACUGAGAUGAAGGAUCAGGAGAUCCAAGAGUUCCUGAAGACAAAUGCUAAAUCAGAGGUGGAACUCUCAGAGAUCCAGUGCUCAGCUCUGGCCUACGAGUUAGAGAUGUCUGAGGAGGUUCUGGAUGUGUUGGACCUACAGGCGUACAGGACGUCGCACCAAGGACGACUCAGACUGAUUCCAGCUGUGAGGAACUGCAGCAAAGCUCUGUUGUCAGAUUGUACGCUGUCACAGGCUCACUGUGAAGUUGUGGCCUCGGCGCUGAAGUCCAGCCCGUCCCGUCUCACACAGCUGGACCUGAGUGACAACAUGCUGCAAGAUUCAGAAGUCACACCCGUUUUUGAGGGACUGGGGAGUCCGAACUGCCGCCUGGAGACUCUGAGUGCUGUGUAA